UUAGUUUGACAGCUCGAUCCUGAGCACCCUUCCUUCCUGGCGCGCACGUCGAGGCGCUUCUGCCCUCCCGUAACGGCUUUAACUAAUUCCUCCUCUUCGCCUCCAGCUAACCUGACUUCCCACCCUCGCCUCUCGAAUCCACCCCCGAAUUCCCAAAUCCCCUCCUCGUCCUCCAGCCCGAUCGUAUUCGCGGCCACCCACUCCGCCUCCGCCCCCUUCUCCAGAAUAAGUAGCGGCGGUUUCUUUGACCCAGGUUUUUGCGGUUCUUGGGGGAAUUCGAUCCAAUUUGGCCAAUGCCGCGUUAGGCGAAUAGAGCAUCGAUAUUCGCUGUCAUUUUCCGAGGAAUUUGGUUUCUUGGGCGGGGGAUCGGGUUGCGGCUGGGAAAAAUAAUUAUUUGAUCGGAUUGGCCGAAGUUCUUGGUUGAUCCGUUAGAAAGGUCCGCGCUUUAUGCUCUAGAAUCCUUUUUUUUUUUUUGCAUUCUUUCCUCGCCUCAGAUCCGUCUCCGCGAGGGAUUUGGUGACCUGACUUCCGAUGGAGGUGCACGCGGAGGUUGAUGGGUCAGGCGUGCCCCUGGCCGUGCUCCUGAAGCGGGAGCUGUGCAACCAAAAGGUGGAGAAGCCGGACAUCCUGUUCGGGGAGGCCUGCAAGAGCAAGAAAGGGGAGGACUUCACGCUCCUCAUGGCCAAGUGCCACCGCAGUCCAGGCGAGGGCGAAGGCAACGGCGGCGAGAAUGCAGACGACGACGACGCCAUCUCGGUGUUUGCGAUUUUUGAUGGCCACAGUGGAUCUGCAGCUGCCAUAUACACCCGGGAGAAUCUCUUAAACAAUGCAUUGGCUGCUAUUCCUCCAAAUCUUACAAGUGAGGAGUGGACAGCUGCAUUGCCAAGGGCACUAGUUGCAGGUUUUGUAAAGACAGAUAAAGACUUCCAAACAAAAGCGGCACGUUCAGGGACCACUGUGACUUUUGUUAUAAUAGAUGGAUGGGUUGUCACUGUAGCAUCAGUUGGUGAUUCACGCUGUAUUCUAGAAUCUGCUGAAGGUUCAGUAUAUUUUUUGUCAGCUGACCAUCGCCUGGAUGCUAAUGAGGAGGAGGUGGAGCGUGUUACAGCAAGUGGCGGUGAAGUUGGAAGAAUAAAUAUUGCUGGGGGUGCUGGGAUUGGUCCACUCAGAUGCUGGCCAGGCGGAUUGUGUCUAUCAAGGUCAAUUGGCGACAUCGACGUUGGGGAAUUUAUAGUUCCUGUCCCACAUGUGAAGCAAGUAAAGUUGUCCAAUGCCGGAGGGCGUCUUGUCAUUGCUAGCGAUGGUGUCUGGGAUGCACUUCGCUUUCAAGAAGCUCUGAACUACACCAGGGGGCUGCCAGCUGAAGCUGCUGCUAAUCGAAUUGUUAAGGAAGCUGUGACUUCAAAGGGACUACGAGAUGAUACUACAUGCAUAGUAGUUGACAUACUACCUCCAGAAAAGUUAAGCCCUCCAUUAAAGAGGCAUGGGAAAGGAGUCAUCAAAGCUUUGUUCCGUCGGAGGCCCUCUGAUGAGAUGUCUGAAGAUCAGAUGGACAGAGGAUGUUUAGAACCUGAUGUUGUGGAGGAAAUAUAUGAGGAGGGAUCUGCAAUGCUUGCUCAAAGGUUGAAUAUAAAUUAUCCAUCAGGAAAUAUGUUCAAGCUGCAUGAUUGUGCAGUCUGUCAAUUGGAGAUGAAACCUGGUGAGGGCAUCUCUGUUCAUGGUAACAUGCCCAAACAUUCAAGAGUUGACCCCUGGGGUGGUCCUUUCCUCUGUUCCUCCUGUCAAGUGAAAAAGGAGGCCAUGGAAGGGAAGCUGCAUUCAAGAAAUUCUCAAUCCGCUGUCCAACCUGUGCCUAAGUAGUCUUUGCCAAAGGCUUUCUAUACAUUUGUUAAUACACACUAACUCUCACUAACAACAGCUCUAGCAAAUAAAGUAGACUCAUCAAUGUCAUCUUAUUCAUCAUUAGACAGAUUAGGAAUUUUCACUACUACAUUCCUGUCAAAACUGGAAGAUCAAUAUGGUCGUCGGUACAAAUGAGAUGAUAGAGAUUUAUGGUGUCAUUUAUAUGAAGCACCACAAUUACUCUCUAGAAGGUUCAAGUCUGACAUCAGGCUAUGCGUAUCAAGUUUAUCUAUUUGGAGAGACCACAACUGACCUCUUGGUUCAAAUGAACCGGUAGGCAGUAGCCUUAAGGUGUGCUGUUUUCUGCCACUGAUCAUCAAGUCUCCAUGACUUGGUCCAUUUGUGAACACCAGUCAUUCAACACCCUGUACUUUGAAUGUAGUUUCUUCUCUGGUCACGCUGUGUGAUGAGUGAUCAUAAAGAUUAUGCUUUUCCCAGUCUCACAUAGUCACAUGUGAUUCUUUCUCUCAUGUUCAUUCUCUUACCCAUUUCCUUUCCUUUUUAUUCUCUGCCAUGUGUGUAGUCAUGAGACCCAUCACGUCCACUAACAAUUUUUUUAUUUGCACCACAAUUCUUCAGUUGUACCAUUGUACUCACAAUUUCGAACAAGUACUUUUUUUCUGGAAGUAUUGCUUCCUAAUGUACUUGAAAUGUUGUUAUUGAAUUUUAAUAUAAUUCUAAGAUUUCUGAUAGUAGUUUGGUA